CUCAAGUAAUCUCCACGGCAAUCUAAAAGUGUGAAAAUAGAAACGAAAACUUAAAACUAAAUGAAACUGCAAACUGAUGCGGUGAAAUCAAUUGAUUUUACGCGAACAGAUCUGGGAUUUGCCACAUCCCAUUGUCAAAUAUGGCAACUUCAUCGCCGCGUAGGAGCAAGAGCAAGUCAUUUUAUUCUAGUAAAAACAAUUUUUGGAGUAUUGGAGGAUAUAACAUUGCUCUUAAACGUCUAGAGAAUGGAAAAGAGCUUUGCCAUGACCUUCAAGUAAUGUUGGACGAACGAGCAGCAAUAGAAGAAAAAUAUGCAGCAAAGUUGAAAUCUUGGAGCAACCAAUGGUACACUAAAAUUCAAAGUAAUGGGGAGUAUGGUUCAUCUAAAGUUGUCUGGUUAGAGGCGUUAAAGGAAGGGAAGAUGACAUCAAAUAAACAUUCUAAUUACCACAUCAAAAUAAAGGAGACGUCUGCUAAAGUUCACAGCUGGAGGAAAUCUAUAUAUCAGAAGAGUGGUACGUUGCAAAGUACUUAUAAGAUAGUUGACCAAAUUAAAGAGAGGUUUAAAGCAGCCGAAAAACAACAUAAGAAAACAAUGGAUUCAUUGAAAGGACUUUGGAAAACUUACCAUGACGUCGAGACAGAAUUCCAGAGAACUAAAGAUAAGUACAACGCUGCCAUGGCAAAACAUGAUACUGAAGGAACUGCUAGAUAUGAGAAACGUGCUAAUGAUAGUGUAAAACACGGCGAAGGCCUAAUCAGAGAGAUGCAGCAAGUAAUGGUGGUCUUAGAGACAGGCAAAGAGAAGUACAUGAAGAACAUGAGUGACCAAUACCAGUUGACGGAUGACGAGGAGAUGAAGAGAAAAGAUUUCUUUAAGAAACAACUGAUGAACUACCUCCAACACUUUCAGAACCAGCGAGGGGCGGAUAGGGGUAAUAUGCUGAAAUCUAUUGAUGACAUAUUUAAUCCAAAAACUGACGUUAUAAACUGGUCCUUGCAACAUGGCCCAGGACAGGACAUUGAAGGUGUAUGGCCGGUAAUACCAGAUUCAUGUUCCUUCAAUUUAUAUGGCAAUGCUGCACCAAUUAAACCAUCCAGAAAGAAAUAUGCAAAAAGAACAGAGACGAUUGAAAAUAAGAAUGAUAUCCCUCCAGCCGAAGAAGUGGAACCAAUGGACAAUACGCUAGAAGAGAGCUUUUGGGAUGACUUUUCAUCCGAUGACAAUCUAGAUGCAACAUACGAAAACAUCAAUACUGAGCCAGUGGAAGAUGGCACAAAUGCUAACGCUUUGAAACCUGUCGAGGAUUAUCAGUUAUAUGAAGCCGUCGAUGAGUACGCUGCGCGGGGAUUAGAAGAACUCUCAUUGAGUAAAGGGGAACAACUAGUAAUGGUUUACAAAUACAGCGAAGAACUAAAUUACUUUGAGAAGCAAGAAGAUAGCUCUUGCCAAGGAUAUGUCCCGAUGGCUGCUUUGACAAGAAUUAAUUGAUGAAAAACCAACUUAAAGAGUUUCUUACAAACUUGCUUUAAACUGAUACAAGAACAUUUAUCUGAUUUAUGAUAUAUUUCAUGAAAAACGUAUUCAUUGACCUUUUAACUAAAACGACAGGUGACGGUUACCACUGCACCUACUUAAUAUAUUUUUUAAAUAAUAAUUUUUGUUCUCGAAAACAGAUUUUGACAUAAAAGUAAGUUUUGAUUUAUCAUAUCUGUAACUUACGUCCUUCCUGUAGGACUAUGACCUCGUAACGUAAAAGAAAAAGCUGAACAAAUACGUAUAUUCAAAAACGUAUAUUCCACUUUUGUGUUUCAAUCAGAAUUUUUAAGUGUUUUAUUUGUCGCAUUGUAUUUGAAUCUCUAUAGAAAACUGUUGACUGUAACCAAAGACUUCUGUUUGACAACUUUUUCUGACUGCACCGGAAAAGGGAACGUCCGUUACAUUCACUUUUAAAAAUGGCGGAUGGUAAGUGUCGAUUUCGAUAUUUCUAAUGUUCAUUGAAUUAAACUACUAUUGUCAAGGUAAUUCGAAAUAAGUAU